UUUGGGAGGUCCAAAUUCCCAACAGUCAUCUCUUCUUCAGUUACUGUUGUGGAGUUUUUAGAGUUCUCGUUGUGGUUGUUUUGGAUUCGAAUCAUGUGUUGAUUCUUUGUUGUUUGUUGUAUUUUUUAUUUUGAUUUUGCAUCGUUCAGUUUGAUCUCCCAGUUGUGUUCAUCAGUUCAUGGAUUUUCCAAUCGGUUAUUUGGCAGGGAAUCCUAACAUUGAACCGCUUUCUUGGGACAUACUACUCAAAAUAGCUAUUGGAGGAGCUCGCGGCCUGGCUUUCCUACACACUUCAGAAAAGAAAGUCAUAUGCAGAGAUUUUAAGGCCUCAAAUAUACUGCUUGAUGGGAACUACAAUGCAAAAAUCUUAGAUUUUGGCUUGGCAAAACUAGGACCUUCUGGUGGUGGCUCCCAUGUGACAACUAGGAUUAUGGGCACAUAUGGUUAUGCUGCUCCAGAAUAUAUAGCAACAGGUCAUUUGUACGUGAAGAGUGAUGUGUAUGGCUUCGGUGUGGUGCUGCUUGAAAUUCUAACAGGUUUACGGGCACUUGAUACGAAAAGGCCUGGUGGGCAGCAAAAUCUGGUUGAAUGGCUUAAGCCAUCUCUUUCUAAUAAAAGAAAGUUGAAAACCAUUAUGGACACAAGGAUGGAGGGCCAAUAUUCAUCAAAGGCAGUGUUAUAGCCAGCAGAACUCACUCUAAAAUGCCUAGCAUCGGAUCCAAAAGGCCGCCUUUCCAUUAAAGAAGUGGCGGCAGCUUUGGAAUGUAUUGAAGCAAUCAAGGGAAAGCCAAAGAAGUACAAAAUCAACUCUAAUGCUGCAGCUCAAGGCCAACACCAUAGUCAUCAUCAUUCUCCCUUUCAUGCUUGGCACCACGGUGCUGAAACUUGAUACAAACACAUAAAUAUUUACAUAAAGCAAUGUGAGAGGUCUGAAGAGGGAGACUGAACGGUAGUGAAAAUCUGAUAUAAACAGUGUAUGAACAGUGAGUAAACAGGAUAUAAACAGUAUGAUCUGACAUA